AUGACGCAAGCAAAGGAGGUGGUGACGGCAGCGUUGGAGGCGGGAUGGGGGACGGUGAUGGUGGACGGCGCGGCGGAAGAAGGGGAGAGCGGAGCGGGGAAGAAGGGGAAGCGCAAGGGCGGGAAGGACGGGGAGGAGAUUGUGGAGGGGGAGUGUGAGCUCAGUGGAAGAGACGCUCGCCACCCGUUGCCGCGCGGCAGAACUGGGCUGCGCGUGGUGACGCGGAGAGGCGGGGGGGGGGAGAGGUUGGCGGCGUGGGUGCGCGUGGCGAGCGCGGCGGAGCAGGAGGCGAUGUGCGCGCUGGCGGGGCGAGAGGACGUUGUGGGCAUGGACGCCGCGGACUGGAAGGUGCGCGCCGUGUGA